UUUAAACGAUCGCCAACGUGCGUGCCGCCAACACACGCGCGCGCGCAACCGUCCGCCGACAGUAAUAUUUCGCCAACACUUGCGACCCGUCCGGCAGCAGAUCGACCGCUCCAGCACGACGACAACCGCGAUAAUUGUACCUACAUAAAUCGAAUAAUUAACAGCGACGGCAAAUAGUCACUAAAACAAUUGUGUAGGUAAUUAUAACGCGAUCGCGAUCGACGCGGGUGCUCCGACCGUCGACGCCGCCGCGCCAUGGAAUCGCGCGGGGCGCUGCUGCUGUUGGUCGUGUACGUCGCGGCGUUCCAGCGACCGGCGCACGGUCAAGACUGUCCAGAUGGCGUUCCGGUAACGUACGUCAAAUACAGCAAUUCUGCUCCGAGAUCUGUGGUACAGCCGAUCUUAUUGUACGCCAGCACUCCCGGAGUCGCCAUAACGGCAGAAUGUUACAACAGAUGUAGAAAGUCUGUGGACUGCGCCGGAUUCAUAAUAGAUUACACGUCAACAUCGUGUUACCGAGUGCCCAACAUGGGAAGUUCCACCGACAAUAUUGUCGUGACCCCAAAUGUAAACUUUUUUAGGAAAGCCUGUCUCCGCGUUCCCGAAUCAUGUAACCGAAGAGCCUGGCCAAUCGAGGUAUCCAUGGACUACGAAAUAAGCGGUUUUCAAUACUCGGUCGUGCCCAAUGUCGGCGACAAAUGGCGAUGUGCCCAACUGUGUAUUGACCAAAACAACUGUAAGUCAGCCAACUACUUUCGUUUAACCAAGAUGUGUUCUUUGAACUCCGAAACCCGUAAUACCAAACCCACUGCGUUCAAUCCAAGUCGGAGUCAAGUCGAAUAUUUAGAAAACGAAUGCGCCAACACACUGCCAGGUGCAAAUCAAAUCAGUUCAUGCUGGCACGAACCUGUAUAUGAUAGAACUUUACAACAAGUGGACUUACAAGUAGAAAACAUUAAUAUUGAACAAUGCAAAGAGAGAUGUGAAUCGGAACAAUAUUUUAGCUGCAGAGGUUAUACUUUUAAAUGCCCUACGGAUGGGUUUGGCGGGACUCUUUGUCUUUUACAUGGUGACGAUACAAGCACAGCUGGCUCACUCAUUCCAUCGCCAUGUUCCACUUAUAUAGAAAGAAUCACUUGCAUCGAUUUGAGCGUCUCGUGUAGCGAUGAUUCAAUGAUUGUGUCGUUAAGAUCCCAGGGCUUCAAGGGCCGAAUGUUUGUACUAGGAAGGCCAGAAGAAUGCGGCGUUAACGGUCGCCAUACAGACAUGACAACGAUUACCCUACCGAUCGUUGAAAACCACACUCAACGCAAUCGCUGUGACGUCGUUGUGGCUAAAUCGGCAAACAGCAACAGGAAAUUGGCUACAGCUGUUGUCGUAGUACAACACCAUCCGAUCAUACAAACCGUCGGCGAUCGGGUGACAAAAGUGUCGUGUGCUGUGGGUUCAAGUCCCCAUCCGUCGUUCUUGGCGUCUAGACCGCAGAACAUCACUUUAGACGCCACGUUUGGUGUGGCAGAACCGAGCAUACACAACACAAUAUACAACGACGGUGGGUACGAUCCGAAUGGCUUGGUUGGUUCGGCAAAUCAAGUCGCUAAGAUGAGAAUUUUGGAAGUGGGACGAAACGUAAAACAAGUAUCUGAAGUGAAACUUGGCGAUGAAUUGGAACUCCGGAUUGAUGUGAAUCAACCAUAUAACGCGACACAAUUAAGAGCAGGACACUUGAUUGCUAGUUCUGGAGAUGGUCUGGACUCCUUGUUACUUUUAGACUGGAGAGGAUGUCCUCCAGAACCAUCGACAUUUCCGGUUUUGAAUUUAACACCACCAAAUUCAAUGGUCGCAAGAUUCAAAGCAUUCCGAUUUCCUUCGUCGCCUGUACUGCGGUUUAGUCUCAUGAUGAUGUUUUGUGAUCAGCUGUGUAAGCCAAGUGAUUGUGGAAACGGACAAGUGUCACAUGGUCGACGAAAGCGUGAUGUACAUACCUCAGAAACUAAGACAAAAGAAGUCCCAUUACAACUAGCAAUCGUAGUACGUUCUCUUGAAGAACAAGAAGAAAUUAUAGCCAGUCAAAGCCAAAUUAGUAAUAGUAACAAUAAUAAUGACAGAACAGCUAGAAGAUUGGAAGCUUCAGUAAUUCGAAACAAUGAAUGGUGCAUUACUUGGCCAAUAGGAUUAGCGAUCGCUAUAAUUCUAAUCACUAUGCAGACAUUAAUGGUGUUAGGCUGUUGGUCAUUUUUUCGACGAUCAAAUCAAAAGGUCAUUAAUGAUCGUGUGACUUUAAACUCUGACUUUCAACCAAGGCAUGUCACUUGGGCCGACCACCAAUAAAUGCCUAUGAAAUUUACCUAAAAUGAUUUUGUUUGUACUUAUGUACGUUUACCAUUUUUUUUUUAUGUAUCGUAUAUAAUUAUAUCCAAUAACUUUAUGUACAAAUUAAUUAUUUUAUUACCAAAAAUAUAUUUAUUUUUUAAGAAUCGACGGGAAUACAACAAAACGUUAAGUUGUAAAUUAAAAAUAAUUGUAUACAGAGUGAUACACCUAAUCAUUAAGCAUGCUCACCCAUAUGUACUACUUUAAUUAAGCAUAUUUUAUUCAAAUUCUUUUUUUCAAUUUCUUAAGCGGUACUCUUAGAUUGUGUGUGCCAUUUUAAGAGUGUAGCGAUGAAUAAUUUUUUUUCAAAUGAGAUCAGAUCGUAUUUAUUACAAAUUACUAAGCAGAUGAUUUUUUCUUACUACUUAGUUUCUAAGUUUUAGUCUCGUGUACAUAGAACGUUAAUGUGUCCAAAAUCCAUGAUAAUAUGAUAAUAUGUUUACAUGUAACGACAAUUUGAAAAUUUAAUCUAUUCUAUUUAAUCUAAUAGCAUUUUAUAAUUUAUAAAAAUUAUCUGAAUAGAUCUAAUACUUUAUGCUAAAUAUUAAAUCUAUUUUGUGCAGGUAUAGCGGUUAGACAGGGUUACAUUGAUGGUAGGUAUUAACAAUCUAAGUAAUUGAAUAUGUUAUGAUAUUUAGGUAACAAAAAAUCAAAAUUUGAAUUUGAAUAAAUGCAUUGUUAAAGGAUGAGACAGAGUGAGCAUGCUUAGUGAAUUACCCUGUUUAUACUAUGUUAUUGUCGUAUAAGCUAAUCAAAAGCAUAUUUUUUUAAUAGAAUUUCGAAAUAAGGUAUUUUAGGUAUUAUGAAUUAUAAUUUAUGAUUAUUAAAUACAAGAACAUAUCAAAUAUUACUACCAAAAAUUAGUUAAGAUUAAUUUAGCAACAAUGCUAUUCAGAGUACCCACGACCAGUGACAGUUUGUUAUUGUCCCAUCUUUGUUUAUCGA